UUCUACCUGGUUCAUUUCUUAUCUGCCAAAUUGCGAUGCAAAGCUGUGUUCUUGACCUCAAACGUUCCCACAAAUCCGCUUGGGUCAGGUCAUCGCAAGCAGAACGUGUGUCAGCAACACUGCGGCCUUUUUGCAGAAAGAGUGACCACGUAUGCACAGGCGAAGUCAAUAUUCUGCAAACCGACUUGCUUCAGUGCGCCUUUCACAGCAUCAUCAACACCGAGGGCACUCUUAAGAUAGACAUGUCCGAGACACGCGCCACUCCGCGCAUCAAGUACGUGCGAGCCUACACCCAGACAGCAUCUGCGGCAGGCAAUCAGGGAGCUGACUGUCAUGACGUGGCAGACGACCACUGGAUCGACGGUGGCCUGGCGCCAAUCGCCUGCCCCAUGGCCACCUACCCGCAGUACCGUGCCUCGCGAAAGUCCUGGGGCAUCAACGCUCUGGGCACCCUGGUUGUGGAGGUGGAGGACGAAGAGGGACGAGUGGAGUGGGGGUGA